AUGCAGCCCCACGGCUGGACUCGAUGUCUCUCCUCUAUUGUACUUCUUCUGACACCAGCCGCAUCCUGUUCGCGUUCCAUCGCCGUUUCGUUCCGGUUUCACUAUUUUUCGUUGUUGUCGUUGUCAUUGGCCCUGACUUUGUUGACAUGUCACUUGCACCGAGCCGCAAGAGCGACGCUGUCCACCUGCUCAUCCUCUUGUGUUUCACAGUUGGGGGGGGGGUGUGGACAUGACAUGCGCCACUCUUUUUGUUUCGCUUCCUGCAGAACAGCAGCGUCUGAGUGUGGUGCGACGACGCUCGCUCGUUUUGUUCUGGUUGCCCGACGCUUUGUCGUUCGAUGCCAUUGGGUGCUCUUAAGAUAUUCUUCUGGUUCUGUACAUGAGGCACGCUCUCGCUGUUUAUAUCCAUCGUCGUGUCAUGUCUACUCUAUUUUCUCUCUUGGGUGA